AGUUCUGGCUUUUCUUUCACGCCACUCUCUAAUCGCUCUCUCUCUCUCUCGCUCGCCUCCCCUUCCGCCGAUCGUCAUCUCCACCUUCGAGUUUUUUUCCUCUCUCCGGGCUUUACGUUUCACACCAGAUGUCUGUUGAUCUCUGCAAGAAGAAUCCAUCUUUCCUUUGGUGCGACUGCGGUUAUAUGAGCAGGGGGAGGUUGUGGUGCUUUCAGAUAAUCUUGUUCAGGCACUGGACUUAGACGUUCUCUCACCUCGUCUAGUGCUCUUUUUCUUUCUCUUUUCUUCUCUUCUUUUCCUGGCUUCUCUGCAACUUUUCUACUUGAUUUUGAUUAGAAAGUAUUCGCUUCUGCUGUUCCUGUUACUGUGACGUGACCUUUCUGCAAAAAAACUCCCACUUUACAUACUGGUGAGGAGUUUCCCGAGGAGAGUGCAAGUUUUCCCCUUUGGAUCAGCCAAUGGGGAAAACUCAGCUUGCUCCUGGAUUUCGGUUUCAUCCGACUGAUGUUGAACUCGUGAGAUAUUACUUGAAGAGGAAAGUGAUGGGGAAAAAGCUCCUCGUCGAUGCAAUUGCUGAACUUGACAUUUACAAGUUUGAACCCUCCGAUUUACCUGAUAAGUCCUACAUAAGAAGUGGGGAUCUCAAGUGGCACUUCUUCUGCCCGAGAGAAAAGAAAUAUGCAACUGGAGUUAGGGCCAACCGAGCGACUGAGUGUGGUUACUGGAAGACCACCGGGAAGGAGAGACCCGUUCUGUGCAAUGCUGAAGUUGUGGGAAAGAUCAAAACUCUGGUUUAUCACUUUGGUAAGUCCCCUCGUGGUGAGCGGACUGAUUGGGUUAUGCAUGAAUACAGGCUCGAGGACAAGGUACUGACACAGAAGAAUGUCCCUCAGGAUACAUAUGUCCUGUGUGUUCUAUUCAAGAAGGAUGGACCGGGACCUAGGAAUGGAGCUCAAUAUGGAGCUCCGUUUAAGGAAGAGGACUGGAGUGAUGAGGAACAACAUACUGAUGUUCCUGCUAUCAACAAUCCCGCAAACCUUGAUGUGCCUAACAAUGAAACCUGUCUGGUUGUGGGAUCCUCUCAUGACGCUAAUAAGGAUUGUUUUGGUGGCAUGAUAUCAGAAUCUUGCGUUUCUGAUUUCCUACCUGCUACAACUACUACUACUACCUGCGAGGUUCCACAUCCGAAUGAUGCAGCUAACACUCCUAUGUCUGCUGCGCCACUUUUUGAUUUUAAUAGCACUGCAUCUCUGGAACAAACCCUUCAGGCUCCCAACAACGAUGAUGACAUAUAUUCAAUGUUGGAUCUCUUUGUUGAUGAGGAUGAGUACUUGCGUUUCAGUGAGCCAAACAACAACGAGGUAAGACAUGAUCCAGGUGUUUCAGCUCCCGUUUGCGUAGAAGUAGGAGAAGGCAUAUUCAGUGAACUGCCAGACUUGAGCAAUAUGCAUUACAACGGCGUGCCAAGUACACCCUCUUACGACCUAGUUGAAAACUCGGAGUUCUACAUAGAGCUACAGGAUCUCAUUGCUCCAUUAUCAACACCUCAAAUUGGGAAUGCCAGUGACUCGAACAGUCCCGGCUCUAACCCAUGGCGAGUAGGGCGACCACCCUUGGUCUAACACCCAGUUUUCCUUUUGUUUGUAAUGUUUCGAAAUUUUAUAGAAAUAGCUCUCUAUUAUCCUUUUUUUUUUUUAAAACAUCAAACCUUGAUAUAUUAUCUAUUUUUAUCUAAACUUAUUUUGUA